AUGUCGCAGCCACGCACCAUUAAGGAUUACUUCAAGCGUCCGGCCUAUGCACCUCCUCCCACCGUCAACCUCCCCGCGCUCAGCCAACCCUCCUCACCUCUGAGUGAUCCGCCGUCUGACCUUCCAUCGCAUUUUUCGUCAUCCCAACAAUUACCAGACCCCCUGGAACGUCAGACAAACAGCAGUGCACAUGAUGUAAGGAGCCCCAACCGGACUGUGCCAUCGUAUACUAGCGAUUUCACGUCCUUUCGUCCAAGCUCCUCCCUCAAUGCCAGUUUCAACUCGUCACAGCGGAUAGUGAAGAAUGGGAAGGAGGUCGUGAUAGAUACGGACGCAGAAAGCGCCAGCUCCGAGGAAUUAGAGGACGUCGAUGAGCUAUUGAACAAGUUCCUAGGCAGAGCGCCGUCUUCAACUUCGACGAAGAUAGCAGAAUCUCGCGACCUCAAACCAAAAACAGCAUCAAAACCACCCAACCGCCGCAAACAACAUGAGUUUCGCAACUUUCGAGCAAAAGUUGGACUCGAUGAGAAGAAAUAUAAAUUCAGUCUGGAGUCAUUGGUGCAGCGCUCGGUCGAUGAUGAUGAAAUCGAAACGAACGUUGCUAAAGCUAAGGCCAUACUCGAGACCCAGGACCAAACGAUUCCGACGGUUAACGGCUUCAGUAACAAAAGCCGGCCAUCGAAUCUACGUGACGAUAUAUUGGCAUCAGGGCUGUCUACCGAUGAUACAGGCUCUGAUUUCAAAAGAUUGCUAAAUGCGGUCAAGCGCACCGAGGCUCUUGAGCAAGAAAAGUCAUGGCUUUUCUUUGGAGACGGUACGAAGAAGCAGGGCCUUCCCGAGUUUCCCAGAGAUUCAAUUCUUGCUUCAUCUAGGGAAGCAUUUUUAAGAGUGUCAUCGGAGCCACGGGAUGAACUAAGAUACGCUUACUGCAGAGCCAUCAAGAAUGCCAAGCGUGAGCGCAUUGAGUCACUUAUAGGACAAACAGAUAUAGAUCAGCUUUUCUUUAGUCUUGGUGGCCACCCAACAGCAGUGGAUGCGAAUGAAUCCAUACAGGCAGAUGUGUCGUAUUAUCAGGCGGAGACGUCUCGCAAUUGGAGCUUUCUUCUAUCAGUUCUCCAGAUGCUCAGAGAUAUAGCUGUUUGUCUACAUGCUGAUACGAGGGAACAUACUUUACACAUUUUACUUCGUUUGACGUUGGAUACUGCCGUCUCGCACAACGAUAUGGUCAUUGCAUCUUUGGAGAAUACUAUAGAUUAUCUCCUUCAGAGUAUACCUCGAGAAGAGUUUGAAAAUGUCGUACAACCGAUUGGGAAGACUCUGCUCAAAACAAUCAAAGACACCCAAUUUCAAAGCAAGCUGCUCAACCACAUAUUAUCUUCAAAUCGUGAAAUCGCAAUCUUCAAAUGCCGCUUAGCAAUGGCAUUCUUGACGAAGGACGAAUCUCUACUUGACAACUUUAGAGAAGAAGUCAUUCCUUUCAGACAAAUUCUCAAUUAUCUACGAACCGCACGAUUGGACUCCCAACUGCAUAAAGCUCGUUUGGAUCCUGACUACGAUUAUAUGGAAGUAAAGGCCGUUACAUCUCUAUUGAACAUCGUCAUCGACACCGGCCGAACUACACUUGUCUUCCCAAACAAGGAAGCAGAACGCAAAUUCAAUGAAGUCGUCGAUAGCCUAGCAGAACAAGUGAAACGGAUAUUCAGCGCCAUGGAGGACUCCGGAGCAUCCCAUUUGAAGCGAACAGAGGCCAAGCAGGGUCUCGAAGCUCUACAGUACCGAAUUCUAUACUCUAUCCGGACUAAAAGGCGGGUCAAGUCGAUGUUUGGAUAUAGCAGUCCGAUCAAAAAAUUAGGCGACUACGCGGGGUUCAAGAACACCGUCGAGCAAUCCUAA